AUGGAGGCGGGGCUUGUUGCUUAUUUCCUGGUUUGGCUGGUGUACUUGGUCCAGGGCAUUCUUUCAGCCACCACCACUAUCCUGGCCCCGUACGUCACAUCAGCCUUUGCCCUACAUGCCCUGACACCUACCGUGGGCAUCCUGAGCAGCGUCGUCGGUGGUGUCACCAGUCUUACCCUCGCCAAAGUCCUGGACGUUUUUGGCCGACCGCAUGGCUAUCUCUUCUGUACCCUGCUUGCCACCAUCGGUCUUCUUAUGUUGACUGCAUGUGGCAGUGUCCAGGCUUAUGCAGCGGCACAGGUCCUUCAGACGGUCGGUAACAAUGGCAUCCAAUACAUCCUGACCGUUUUCGUUGCCGACACUUCUUCGCUGCGCAAAAGAGGCCUCAUACAGGCCCUCGUCACUUCACCAAAUUUGAUCGUCUGCUGGUUGGCAGGCCCAAUCUCGGCGACGUUCCUCAAUGGGCUUGGCUGGCGUUGGGCGUUUGGUGUAUCGAGCAUCCUCGUACCAUGCAGUGCCCUCACACUCUUUCCCCUGCUGUUGCACAACCACCGUGAGGCCAGGAUGUCACCAGCGGAUGGACCGAACAGUCGCUGCACCGGUCCUGGGCCAUGCCUUCACUCCAGUCGGCAGUUCGAUGCCGUUGGCCUCGUUCUACUGUCCGCCGGGGUUGCACUCUUCCUUCUGCCCUUCAACCUUUACGCUCUGCAAGGCCUCAGCUCGGUGUCAGUCCUAUCCAUGCUGAUACUCGGUACCACCAUCCUCAUCACCUUCAUAGUGUGGGAGAGAUAUUACGCGAUCGUCACCUUCGUGCCCUAUUCCCUCCUUCGGGAUCCUACGGUGGUAGGGACUUGUAUGGUAUCAGCCACACUCUUUGCAAGCUUCGGAUGCUGGAACAGUUUCUUCGGUUCUUACCUUCAAGUCGUCAACGGUCUGACCGUUGAAAGCGCCAGCUACGUCGUGCAGUCGUACGUGGUCUGUUCAACCGUGGGUUCCAUCUCGGCAGGGGGCCUGAUCCAUGCAACUGGCCGCUUCAAGCGCGUGUGUCUCUACCUCGGCAUCCCGCUCGGCAUUCUAGGCUCGAGCCUAAUGAUGUAUGCAUGCCAAACGGACAUCCGCGCGGUCGGACCCCUAAUAUUCGGGCAAAUACUCCUUUCUUUGGCGGCCGGCACGAUCCUGGUCUGCGACGAGAUCGCCAUUCUGGCUGCUGCAGCGGAUCACAACGUCGCCUUGUGUCUCGCUGUGCUAGGCGUGUCGGGUAAUAUCGGCGGUGCCAUCGGUCUGACAGUUGCAUCGGCCAUCUGGCAAGCUAUUUUUCCCUCCCGGUUGCGAGAAUAUCUCCCGGUCAAAGAGCUCCCGGCCCUGGCUGACCUUUAUGCAAACCUUUCUGCUCAAUUGUCGCACCCUGUCGGGUCGCCGACGCGACUUGCAAUCCAGCAUGCCUACGAUGAUGCUCAAUUGAGGAUGCUGGCGGUCGGUAGUGCGCUAUGGGUUGCUGGAUCUUUCGGGGUCGUUCUGUGGAAAGAUAUCAAUGUCUUUAGGAUUGGGCAGGGCAAGACAUCUGUCGGAUAG